UAUGAAUAUUACAACAUCUACUACUCGGAGGACAAAUAUGGCUUUUAUAGUUUUUUUGUUUUUACAGUUUUGUUCACCUGUGUCUGACUUGUUUAUGUUUUCUUAAUGGUGGAUGACCUGAGUGCAGCACUUUCUAAACUCGAGUGUCGAGUAGCACUUCUGGAGAAAACACCGGCAGCAGCUGCAGCUCCAUCAGUUCCCUGCACAAAUGGUAAAUCCGCUCCACAUAAAAGCAGGGCUCUGGUGAAAGAGGAAGACAACGAUGAUGAUAUUGACCUGUUUGGCAGUGACGAAGAUGAUGACGAGGCAGAAAAACUAAAAGAGCAGAGAUUGAAGGAAUAUGCCGAAAAGAAGGCCAAGAAACCCGCCCUCAUCGCAAAGUCCUCAAUCCUGCUGGACGUCAAACCUUGGGAUGAUGAAACAGACAUGGUGAAGUUGGAGGAGUGUGUCCGCUCCAUCCAGACCGACGGCCUGUUGUGGGGCACAUCCAAGCAGGUUCCUGUGGGUUAUGGCAUCAAGAAGCUCCAGAUUGCGUGUGUGGUAGACAUUUCUUACCUUCUGUUCCAGGUCCAGAGUGUUGAUGUUGCAGCUUUCAACAAGAUCUGAGGUUUUUUUUAAUUUGCCAUUUUCUGUUUUUUCCCUCUCUGUCACACCUAAUUUCUCAACUGGAUUCUGUCAACGGUUAAUAACAAUUGUGAUAUCAAUAAAAAAACUGAAACG